GCCGCCGCGCCUCAGCCUGAUCUACGCCGCCUCCGUCUGCGGCCCCUCCUCCGCCAUGGAUCCCGCUACUGGCUAGCCACUCUCCUCUCGCCGCUCGUCCUGCGCCGCCCCGCGUCUCCCCUGAUUGUUCAGCCACCUGACGCCGACGCGCCACUCCGGCAGCUGGCCCUCUACUCCUCCCCCAGCCGCCGCCGCCGCCGCCCGGCCACCCAACGCCGACGCCCCACGCCAGCAGCUUCCCGACCAGCUCCGCGAGUGGCCCUGUCUCUAAAAUCGCCACCAAACUCCCCACAGAUGGGCUGGUGCUCCCCGUCCACACCCCGGCAGCUGCUAUCCACCGUCGCACUCUUCGCCUUCGGCGCGGGGCUCCUCACCUACGGCGCACACCUCUCCUACGUCCACAUCGAGCCCCAGCGCGAGCGCACGCUCGCCCGCGAUCAGUUUGUCCGCGACUACCUACGCAGGAAGCACGACAAGUAGCCCGCAUCCUCACGGCAUCCCCUCCUAUUCCGUUCCACUGCUUGGCAACGAUGCCUUUGCCCCCCAUGAGCUCCGGCGUUGGGCCAGUGAUAGCGGAGGUGGAGAUGAACGCCGGCGCCGACCAGGAUGCCACUACCGUGUGGGCCACUGUUGUGCAGGCCUGCAGCAUGUUCUAUGACACGCCUGCAACGUUCGACAAAGCAGAAAAAUUGACAGCCGAGACAGCUGGAUAUGGUUCACAGUUGGUUCUUUUCCCAGAAGUCUUUGUCGGUGGCUACCCUCAUGGGUCUGCCUUUGGACUAACUGUUGGCAGUCGAUCUGCAAAGGGAAAAGAAGACUUUUGGAAGUACCAUACAGCUGCCAUAGAUGUGCCUGAGCGCACCGCCGUUCGUCCUGGAGGGAGUUCCAUCAUCUCGCCAUCUAUGGCAGUGUUGGGAGGCCCCAACUAUGAGGGCGAGGCCCUUCUCACAGCUGACCAGGACAUUGGUGAAAUUGUUCGGGCGAAGUUUGAUUUCGACGCUGUGGGAAACUACAAACGGGCUGAGGUGCCGAGCUUGAGCGUGAAUACCGACGCUGUGGGACACUGCAAACGGGCUUAGGUGCCGAGCUUGAGCGUGAAUACUGAUCUGAGACACCUGUGUCUUCCACUCUACCGACGGAUAAGAUCUGAGGUGCAAGAGUGCCAAUGUUUUGAGGACCUGAUUGAUGACCAGCAAUGUUUCCGUAGCUGUGUGUAACAUGGCAUUACAGCAAUAGUUGUGCCUUUGUUUUUCUUGUAAGGGCAUCUACAGACAUACUACAUACAUCUACCCCAAUGACUUGUAGUAUAUUUGAUUUUGAAAACCAUUCUGGGGUAGAAAUAAUGUGUUUUUCUUA